GGAGCAGACGGCAACAGCCACACAAACACACUCUUCUCUCAGUUACAUGCACAGUCACACACAUACCACACACCAGCACAGCCGCCGCCGCCGCCGCCACCACCACCACCACCACCACACACAGUGACGGCUGCCAAGCACUGUGGGAAGCAAGUCGUCAGGGAGAGAGCUUGAGAAGAAAGAGGGAUUGCAGGGGGAAGAAAAGAAAAAAGAGUUCGGGGAGGCACCUUGUGGAUCAGAAGGGAUUUUCCUCUGUGUGAGUGCGCGUCUGGAUAAGGCUAUCUGCUUCUUCCUGAACGAGCGGAGUUUUUACCGAAGCUUUUUCUUUUUGCUCAUCCUCCACGCCGGUCUCCAGCGAAAUCUACCUAUCUAUCCCCGGAGCUUAACAAAAGAGGGAGGGAGAGAGAGAGAGUGAGAAAAAAAGCAAUCACAGCUUCAGCUCCAGACCACCCUCUCUCCUCCUCCUCCUCCUCUUCCUCCUCCUCCUCCCCGUCCUCUUCCUCCUCCUCUCCUCCUCUUCUCUCUCCAGGUCCACAUCCAUUUGUGAGUUCAUCGCUGAUUUAACUGUCUUGUGAGGAAAGAGCAAAGGACAGCGUGUUAUCCAGGAUACAGACGAGUCCCCCUGGUGGGAUCAGGGUCUCGUCUGGUGUGAGAGAGAGAGAGAGAGAGAGAGAGAGAGAGGUGGGACGAACGAGACAGGGAAACGGAUACACAGGAAGAGAGAAAGAGACGGAGAGAGACAAGAGUAACAGACGGCUGAAAGCAAAUUGAGGGGCAUGUUCAGGGCAGCAGUGAAGAAGAAGAGUGAGUCUGAUUUUUAGAGCGGCGAGUGCAAGGAACCGGCAACUGGAUCCCAUUUAUUCCUCCCUCCUCCUCCUCCUCAUCCUGUUCUUCUUCCCUCUUCUUUACCAGCUCUCCGUCCUGCUCUUCAAUCUCCCCUUUUGUUUCCCAUAUUACCUCCUACUGUUCCUUCAUUUCUUCCUUUCCUCACCCUCCAACUCCUUCUCUCCCAGCCCCUUCUUUACUGCCACUCCGGAUCCUCGCCAUCUCUCUUUCCAGAUCCCCGGGAAAGGAUGGUUUAGUGAGGCUCUCUGUGAGCUCCCAGACAAGUAGACAGACAAAAAUCCCAAGUACUAUCUGUCCUUCUAUCUGUCCCUUCCUCUGUGCGUUUAUCACACAUACACCUCAGUGAGAGGGGAGCGUUCUCUCUCUCUGCAUCCUCCACCCCUGGAAACGGUCGUCUGAAGGAUCCAGGCCAGCCCCUUGGUGUGAUCAUACCCCACCUGCGAGCUUCUAUCUCCAGCCUCCAGGACCUUAAAUUGGAUUCCAGCUACAUGGGAAAACGUUUGGAGCAGCAACCAAUGUACCCCCACUACACCUACUACUACCCCCACUAUCUCCAGACCAAGUCCUAUGCUCCUCCCCCUCCACCCAUGGCUCCGCCCAGCCCUGGGACCACAGGAGGAGGUGGAGGUGGAGGAGGAGGUCACGGAGGAGGGCUAGUGGAGCAGCUUAGUAAGACCAACCUGUACAUCAGAGGCCUGCCACCUGCCACCACCGACCAGGACCUCAUCAAACUCUGCCAGCCAUAUGGGAAGAUUGUGUCAACAAAGGCCAUCCUGGACAAGAACACCAAUCAAUGCAAAGGCUAUGGCUUUGUGGACUUUGACAGCCCUGCAGCAGCCCAGAAGGCUGUGGCCUCGCUCAAAGCCAGCGGAGUCCAGGCACAGAUGGCGAAGCAACAGGAACAGGACCCCACCAACCUUUACAUCUCGAACCUACCGCUGUCCAUGGAUGAGCAGGAGCUGGAGAACAUGCUGAAGCCCUUUGGUCAUGUCAUUUCCACACGGAUACUAAGGGACGCCAAUGGCCUGAGCAGAGGAGUCGGCUUUGCUAGGAUGGAGUCGACAGAGAAGUGUGAUGUGGUGAUUCAAAAUUUCAACGGGAAAUUCUUGAAAACCCCUCCGGGCAUGACAGCCCCUGCAGAGCCGCUGCUGUGCAAGUUUGCUGACGGAGGCCAGAAGAAGAGGCAGACCCAGGUCAAGUAUCCCCAGAAUGGCCGACCGUGGACGCGGGAAGGAGAGAGCGGUAUGGCUUUGACGUAUGAUCCCACCGCGAUGCAGAACGGGUUCUACUCUUCGCCAUACAGCAUCUCCACUAAUCGGAUGAUUGCACAGACAUCAAUCACACCCUUCAUCGCUGCCUCUCCUGUCUCCACAUAUCAGGUCCAGAGUACAUCUUGGAUGCCACAUCAACAAUAUGUUAUGCAACCUACAGGUGCUGUGAUCACCCCAGCCGCGUCCAUAGAGCCCAGUUUGUCUCUUCACCCUUCCAGUGUGAUGGCCCCUCUCACCCAGCAGAUGAACCACCUGUCUCUGGGCACCACAGGCACUUACAUGCCUGCUGCAGCCGCUGCUCCUAUGCAAGGAACCUACAUUCCCCAGUACACUGCAGUGCCUGCCUCUGCCAUCACAGUGGAAGGCGUGGUGACAGACCCCUCCCCACAGACAGCCGCCCCCUCCUCACAGGACCCCAGUGGGCAGCAGCCUAUAUCAGUGGAGAAUACAGGAGAUCAUGCCACAGCCUACUCUUACCAGCAGUCUAAAUAACAAGAUUGGAGGGAAUCACUGCUGCAUUGCCUUUAGGAGGACUGCAUUGAGGCGCUGGAUACAAAGAAAAUCAAACACAGGGACAAAAAAAAAAAAGAGGUGACAUGGGCAACAUUGAGGGGAGAAUGCUUCCACUGUGCACAGGCACCAAAUAAAUGACAAAAUGAAGAAAAAAAAAUCAAUUAUAUUUCUUACCUGGUUGAACCAAGAAAAAGACAGUGGGAAAAAGAAAUGGUGGUUUGCUGAACUUGAGGACAAUGAAAUCAAAUGCAGUGUGCAACUUUGAGUUUAUCAUUUCUCACUGUGAGACUGAACUUUGCCUCCAGAGGAAAAAGAGAAGACAGACUGAAAUCUGAACUCAACCAACAAGCUGUACAGAAAAAAAGAACAUUUGAAUGUGCAGGUAGAUUUUCAGACUUUUUUAUUAAAAAAAGGAAGGAAACAAAAUCUAGAAAAAAACAUAUUGUCUUCCUUUCAUAUUAAGCUACAUUAUUUUCAUUCUUUUUAUUAUUUGAGUAGUUUUCUAGAAUAUCAAUGUUUUCGUAAAUCUUUAUUGCCUUAAUUUUCAAAUUUUGAAAAAAAAUGUCCAUAGUGUUGAAUUAUUAAAAAAAAGAAAGAACAGAGUUGUUGAAUGAUUUGAGAGGUUCUUGGAGAUGUCUGAGAGUCUUAGCGAUAAAAUCUACAAAGCUAUCUGUACAGGAUUUAAAAAAAUAAGGUUGUAUUUGUAUGAAGAUGAUUUUAAAUUAUGUGGUGCAGUGCAGCUGAUGUUGGUUGGUAAGAAAAAAAAUCUUUUAUGGGACUUGCGGGAAGGGUCAACCCACUGCUUCCUGGAAAAUGCAGUUUAAUCAUGGGAUAAAAGUUCUUUUUCUCCAUCAUACACAUUUGUAUUUUAUUUUAUUUUAUUUUAUUUUAUUUUAUUUUAUUUAUUUUAUUUUAUUUUAUUUUAUUUUAUUUUAUUUUAUUUUUGGCUGUUGAUUGCAGUCUUUUUACCUUCAAAAAUUUUUGCUUUGCCUGCUUUGCUUGUCUCACCGCAAAAAGUAAAAAAAAAGGAACACUUCUGGCUUUCACAAAAAGUAGGAAAAAAACGCUAGGAUUUUUAAAUGUGCAAAAAGCAAUAGUUUUAGGAAAACUGUUGACAGUUUGUUGAGUCUUUCUGAUCUGUUGAACAAAAGCAGCCUAAACGAGCAUAUUUUAUACCAAAGAUGAAGAAAUUAGGUAGUGAAGAGCUCUUCUUCUUGUUGCUUUUUCAGUAUUUCUAGAGUUUUCUUGCUUGUCAUACUUUUGGAGUGUGAGAUGAUUUUAUCAGUGACUGAGAACAUGCAGUAGAUCUUAAACACAACUGCCUCAACCAGAAGAGUUCGCUCUGAUAUGUUUUGUUUGUCAAGUGAAUUUGCGCUGUAACAUCAGUCGAGAAACCAGACACUUUGUAUGGAGAAAGUGGAGGAGGUGGGUCAAUUAUUUGGAUAAGUUGGUAUAUUAUACUUAUUAUACUUGGUGGUAAAAAGGCUAGAAAUGCAUUAUAUCCUGCAGAAUAUUGGUGUGAACUCUUUAAGCCCUCCUCAGGCUGCAUUGACCAAUCCUUAAUUCUACAUGCAGACACUGAGAUGCUGUUAAAUCAUUUUACAAUGCAUAGUCUCAGUCCAUACAACAAUCUGUUUUACGCCGCUAUCUUGCCAAACACAAGCCAUUUAAAAUGUGAGCAUGGUGAUGAACUCUAUUAGAGGAAAGGGCAUUUCUGUUCAACAAAAUCAUCUUAUCUGUAUUCUAAAAAGACCAGGAGAGUUUUUUUGUGUUUUCCUUUUUCUUUUUUUGUGUUGCCUUUGUUUGUGUCGUUUGAGAAUUGAUUAUGAUGUGUGAGCUGCUAAACACUUUUGUUUGUUGGCGAUUUAGGUUGUAUUGGUUUGGUGAUAGCGGAAGAGGUGUAAGAGAUUGACAGCAAUUGGCCAUUUUAAGCCAAGAUAAAGACAGUUAAUUGUUGUCCAUGACUUGACUGUAUCCCUACAAGUCUUUUACAUGAAAGAAGAGACAUGUUCCUGGUGGCAGCCUUAGAAAACACAACAAAUAAAGAUUACUCUCUUCUUAGUUAAAAUCAGAUCUUAGUUAAAAAGAAUCUGCAUUAUUUGUACUGAGUAAGAGGGCAUCAGUUGAGAACAAAAAACAAUAAAUUAAACACUUUAUGGAUUUUACCUGGCUGGCAUUGGCUCUGUCACAGCCUCGAAGCCACACCUACCUGACCCUCCACCAACGAAAGGACGCUAAUGGAGACAGAGGAGCGGAUAGACACAUAGGAAAAGCAUCGUUCAACCAAAAUCAAGCAGAUACUAACCUCUAUGGGAAAAUAAAUUAUUGAAAGAAGAGAGAAGGUAGAAAAAGCGAGAACAAAAGUAAUAUUUAUGAAAUCUUUUUUGUACAGGUGUGUAAAAGAAGAUGCAACAGAAAUAACUUUGAUGAUGCUAUUUUUUUAUUUGCUUGGUCACAUGCCUCCCAUGUCUUUCAAAUUGUGAUUCUGAGAGUGUCUGUAGAACCAGUGGAUAUUGCUGUAGUUUCAAAUGUCUCUUUUUCUUUUUGUUUUCUUUUUAGACAAAUCUUUCAAUAAAAUUAAAAAAAUGUUUCAAACA